AUGUCGGCCCCACAUGGUAUGCUGAUUUACAAUAAUGACAUCACGGCGGAUAGUCUUGUCGAUACAAAGGGAACCCGCAAGAUAACGGAAGAGGUGUCAAGUAAAAUGCCCAACUCAUCUUUGUUUAAAUUGGAUAAGGAGGACCACACCUUAGCAAACAUUCUGCGUAUGAAAUUACACGAAAAUCCGCUUGUGCACAUUGCCGGUUAUCGUGUGCCUCACCCAACACAACAUCGUGUGGAGUUGCGAGUGCAAACCUCUUCAGAUGGAUCUGGUCGACCUAUUCCAACACCGAAGGAGGCAUUGUUAGAGGCCAUCGAUGCAUGCAUGCAGGAUAUUCAAACCUUUGAGGAACAAUUGCGAAGAGAGGCACAUGCGAAAGGUCUUGAAGUGGAGUAA